CUUGAAUGCACCAUUUUUAGCCUGAAGAAGACACAGUCAGCUCUCAAACUGUGGUCAGUGAAACACACAGUCACACAGGGAUUCAGGAGCCACGAUGGGGUUUGUUUAUGUUGCUGUGGCUGCGCUCAGUCUUCUCUCUGUCGGACAGUCGGCUCCCGUGACGAGCUGUGAGAGUCUAAUUCAAACUGUUGAAAUCCAGGGAAGAGAGCAGCUGCUGGGCAAAUGGACAUACUUAGCAGAGAGCACAAACAUUAUUGGAUCCAAGCUGCUGACAAAUAUGUUUGUAGAGAGCGUCUGGGGAAGACUCACAGCUGCAAACGAGAGUGAUGCCAUCGAUCACUAUCAAGUCCAAAAACUGUUUGGCCGAUGCUUCUCUCUCUCAACUAAGUUGAGCUUGCAGAACAGCACUAUCCUCAUGGAGGGAACUUACCCUUCUUCUGCCACCCUACUGAAUACUGGCUGCACCGACUGCCUCGUCAUCCACUCACAGUACACCAUUGGAGGAAGUGCAUUUACCGGCCUCCAGCUCCUGAGCAGAAGAAAUAAGGUGUCGGCUGCAGAGCGGGAAGAGUUUAUGAAGCAGGUGGACUGUCUAAACUUACCCGCACCUGCUUUCCUGGACCCAGAAAAAGACCUUUGCCCAGAUGAGUCUCCCUCCCAAGAAUCCCAGACCAUCGAUCUGACCAGUAUCAAGAAUGACAGGGAAUCUGAAGUUGUAAACCUGCUUCACAACAUUCUGAACCGUGAAGGUGGACUGAGCACCCUUAUCAAACUCUUCUCCGAUAACGUGGCUGCAUUAAAGCAAAAAUGAACCUAAUGCCAUGACGUGCUUACAUGAGAAUAAUGCCAUGUCUGCGUGAAGAAAAUACUAAUAAAAAUGAAGAUGAAUAUA